AUGAAAACUCUCGCGACAACUAGGAUUCCAGAAAAUUUCAGCAAGGAUGCAAAGGCCAUCUACGACACUGUUAUAAGUUUGAAGCAAGAUGACGAAGAUCUACUCAUCAUCGAUGACUAUGUGGAUAGAUGUUCAAAGGACCUUGAUGAAGUCACGAUCCACAAACUACUGCACGUUGCUUGGCAAUUCACAACACCUCGGCCAUUCGACCGGAUCACCCCCGAGCAACUGAGCCAGUUACGAAAUUUCCUGGACGAACCGAAUGGUAGUAUUCUCAACAAUAUUCGAGUUGAAUAUCAACGGAAUACAAUAGAUUCUGAUGGACAUAUGUCUUUGGAUUUUCUUCUUUAUCAUCGUUCUGGUGUAUGGAUGUCUUGA